CGGGUCGUGUGGUGCGGCUGGUGUUGCUCCUUCUCCUCAGGGGCGAGGGAACGUGGCGGCUGGUCCCACACAGAAUCGGAAGAACAUCCAAUAACACACCAGAACGAAGGAACGAACUAGAUUGUAGAAAACAAACUUCGGAAGUCCAAGCCAAGUGGGGUGCUUAGCUUUGUUUCAACAGGUCACAGUUUCUAUCAAUAUAGUGGCCAGACCACAAGGCUUGAUUGUAACUGCCUUGCCGUGGAAAUCAAGAUUCUUCCCUCAUGGUAAAUAAAUAGCUGGACAUCCAGAACCUGAAGAGGCUCUAGUAUAAAACCAACACUAGAAAUAGGGCCAUCCUUAUAGAGAACUAAAGAAUCAUUGCUUUGGUGUUGUCUUCGGAAGUGAGCUUGCAAAACAAAUUGGAACUUCAAGAUUGUCAAUAAUUAAAGAUACCUGUAUUUUAUCUGUAAAGUAUGGCUACUCUAAUGGCACACGGUUUUGUCCAUAUAUGGAGCAAGAAUAUGGGGAUGUCUAAGCCCAAAGAAGCAUACAUUGGAAAAGUGGAAAGAAAGAAGAAUAUUAGACUGCUGGUCUAUUUCAGCACUGGAGAAUAUACAACUUUUCAACUAACUAAUAAUAUUAAAAAUGUGGUAGUUAGAUCCUAUGGAGGAAAACAAAAUCACCUGCAUUUAACUUUCCAAAAUAAUAGCUUCUUGUUUAUUGAAGGAUUAUCUUCUGCAGAUGCUGAAGAGUUGAAGGUGUUCUUGGAUGGAUUCCAUCAAAAUAAUCAACCAUCCAUGAAACCUGUUAAGGAUGAAGGGAUCUUUGCCAGCACAACAACACAGAAGGAAAUCAACAAAAGUUCAUCUCACGAAAUAUGUAAUAAGUCAAGUAGUGGAUCUUUAGAGACAGGAGAAGGACAUGGAACAGCUGACCUUCAGCAGAAGCCUUUGUGUGCAUCAAAGUCAUCAACACUUACUUGCAAUGAUUUACCAGAAAAUGGACAGGAGAAGGAAAAAAGAACGUUAUCAUCUGGUUCAGGGAUGGGUGGGAAAUUCCUGCAGAAGAAUAGCUCUGUAAGAGAUAAGAAAUCCAAGACAAAUUCCUUGAGGUAUGUAAGCCACAAUAGGAAGAAAAAAUUGAGGUUAAAAAAUAAGAAGAAAUUAGCAUUUGAACACUUAUUCAAGACCGAUUCUACUGGAAACCUUUACCUUCAGGGUGUUAGUGUUCUUCAGGUGCUUUGUGAGAAAAUAUAUUCGGCAUUUCUGUUGGAAGCAAAGUAUAGUGCAGAUAAGCCAGAGUGGGACAGACUCAAGAUGACCCUUGACUUGUACCCAGAGAAACUCUUGCAAGGCCUCCCCAAUUUGGGAAACACCUGUUACAUGAACGCAGUUUUACAGUCCUUAUUUUCGAUUCCGUCAUUUGCUGAUGAUUUAUUCAGUAAGGAUUCCCCAUGGGGUAAAAUUCCCCUUGAUGCUCUUAGCAUAUGUUUAGCACAGCUGUUUGUUUUGAAAGAUAUUUAUAACAUAAAAAUCAAGGAGAGGUUACUUGUGAACCUUAAAAAAACCAUAUCAUCAGUUGCAGAGAUUUUCUCUGACAACGUACAAAAUGAUGCUCAUGAGUUUUUAGGUCACUGUUUAGAUCAGAUGAAAGAGAGCAUGGGGAAAUUAAACACCAUAUGGAAGGCUAAAAUUGAAUCUGAAGAGGAGAAUCCAGCUCAACAGAUCUUUCCUGGAAGUGCUGCCACUGAAGUGCUCAUUUGUCCUGUCAUCAGUAAUUUUGAGUUUGAGUUGCUGCGCUCUAUUACUUGUCAAGCCUGUGGUCAUGUUGUUCUCAAGACCGAAGUGAAUAAUUAUCUCUCCAUCAACCUUCCACAAGGAACGAAAUCACUUCCUUUGUCUAUUCAGUCUGCUUUUGAUCUCUUCUUCGGAGCGGAAGAGCUUGAGUAUAAAUGUGGGAAAUGUAAGCAUAAGAGUUCUGUUGCAGUGCACAAAUUUAGUAGGCUACCCAGGGUUCUUAUUGUUCAUCUGAAACGUUAUACCUUUGACGAGUUUUGGUCGCUAAGGAAGGAUGACCAGGAAGUCGUUAUUUCCACACAUUUAGAUAUAUCAUCUCAUUGCAAUGAAACUACCAAGCCACCUCCUCCUAUGAGCAAGAAUGUGCUUACUAGGGAUUUCCAAAUCCUAAAAGUCUUUCACAGCAUAAAAUUUGGAAACUUCUUUCUAUCAACACCUUCAACAAAGCCAACCUCGGCAUCCAAUGAUUCUCUGAUUCCACACAUUGGACCAGACAAAGAGUCUGAACCACAAAAAAGCCAGAUUAUCUGUGAAGGAUCAAAUGGAGAACAGAAAGAAGACCUGGGAAAAUGUCCUAAACUGAAUAUAACUGAGUCUGAAUUAGUAAACUUAGGAAAUGGAGCAGUCACUGAAAAAGACCUAUUAGCUGCUGGCUUGAUGACGGAUCUUGAAGCAACGUCCCUUUCUCAGAUCCAGAAAGAUGAAGGUAAACCCACCAGUGGUCCAGACAGGUGUCUUGCCGAAGUUUAUCUUCAAGAAAUGUUUGAAAAUCUAAAACAAAAGAAAUAUGAGACAACUAAUACGCUUGUAGAUUUCAAGAGUGGCACUGAGACUAUUAAAGAUACUUAUAAACGUGAAAAAAAAGGAAUUCCAAAAGAAUUCCAAAAACUGACUAAACAGACCCAGCAGGAUGAAUGGAUGAAAAUCUAUGAACAAGCCCUGCAGCAGGCACUGCUUGGAACCCUCUUGAAGACACGUACCCACUGGUAUGCAAAGAACCUCAGAAAACCUGCAGAAUUACGUCUCCAGGAGGCCAAAGCAAAUUCCCUAGGGGCAUUGGGUUCCAAUAAAAACCCUGGAAAAAAAGAAUGUUUAAAUAAGGAGAAGUCAGAAACUGAAGCCACAAAACCAAAAAGAAGUGGUAAGAUGAGUGAUCUCGAUUCCUAUCGGCUCAUUGGUGUUGUCAGCCAUCUUGGGAAGACCCCAAAUUCAGGCCAUUAUAUCAGCGAUGCCUAUGACUUUGAGAGGCAAGUGUGGUUCACUUACAAUGAUCUACAUGUAUUGAGUAUCGAAGAAGAUCUCAUGCAGGAGGCUAGGCUUUGCACCGGGUACAUCUUCUUUUACAUGCACAAUGAUAUUUUUGAAGAGCUGUUGAAAAGGAAAGAGAACUUCCAGUCUCGUAACAUAAAGGCAGGGAAGACCCCUCGGGAGAAGUAAGUGGAACAGGCUCCUGGUUGCACACAUCUGCCUGACUACCUCAUUGGUUACCACUUCCUCUAUGGAAGGAAAACUCCACUCUAGCCAAAGAUGAAGAGGCAGAUGGCAUCCAGGGUCAGAAUUUAAGCAGAAACACUUGGGGAAAAUCUCUAUUCUAACCCUAAUACAGAUAGGUCAAUCCCACAGUUCAGCUGAUAAGUAUUCCUUUCUAUUAGACUAGAAUUGUGUUCUCCAUAUUCUGGUGCAGUGGAUUUUAAGUGCAGUCUUUAAAUCAGCAGCAUCAGGAUCAUGGAGAAACUUUUGAGAAAUGCAAAUUCUUGGGUCCCACCACAUAAAUGCUAAUUCAGCAAGUCUGAUGGGGGGUGUCAGGGUUGUUGGGGGUAGGGAACAGCAAUUUGAUGGAGAUUCCAUCAGAUGCUUGAGAAAUUUAGAGGACUACAGUAGUGUGUUAGGUAUCUUGGUGGACUUUGCUGUUGUAUAUUUAGUUACAUUUCUAAAGGAGUUUGAUUACAGUUUUUGUUUCUUAUAUUCACAUAUGCCAUUCCUUCAGAAACUUACUAAAAACAAAAAACACACACAGAGAAAUCACUCUUCUGCCGAUCAUACUCAGUGAUGUGACUUAAAAAAAAAAAGUUUCUGGAGUCCUGACCAAAAACAAAACAAAACAAAAAAACACACAAAAAAAAACACAAAACAAAACAAAAAAAACAAUUGCUGAGGUUUUGGCAAUAAAAAAAAAUAGUUACUAUGGUCCUGUCAAUAAAUAGUAAAUGAAUCUGGUAAUUUAUGAAUCAUCUUGGGCAUAUGCAAAUGAGACUAUAACACCAGGUCAAGUCUCCAAAUUGUUUGCUAGACUCCUCCUUUUGCUCAGUAUCAAAAGGGUUAUAUACUCUCAAGCUUAAGGAUGGAGAAUUUUUUUGCCCUCAAGAAAUUGACCCACUUUUCCUAUUUGCUAGCCAGCUGUUCUUGGUGUCAUUUUAGUCUUCUCCAAGAGGCGCUUGAUUUGCCUCAAAGGAACAUUGAUUUGCCAGAACUUUAUCUGAAGCCUUGAACAAUCCUCUGCAUUCAAUAUUAUAAGACUAAUUCCAGAUUUCUUUUAUUCCUCCAUAUCUUAUAGCAAUGGUGACCUUAUUCCUUCAAGGAAUAAACACACAAUGCACACUUUAGAGUGGACCUAUAGGAUUUGAAAGUGUUACUUGUCACUGAUUUUGUAUAACGUUAUAAAACUUAAAACUAUUUGAGGUGCCUUUGAGGCAGGUACAGUAACACCUUGUACCUUUGUUAGGAACAAAUUACACUAAAAGGCUUUCUGACAUCACAUGAAGGGACUGAAUUUUUGGUUCCACCUUUACCAACAUGGGUGUCCCUCCUUGUUUCUAGGGGAUGGGCUCGGUGUGGCUAUAUUAAUCCAACAGCUUGUUGGUACUUUAAAUCCCAGAGGCCUUUAAAGAGGUGAGUUGGAGUGUAGUGGUGUGGGGAAGUUAGAAAAUGCCCUUUAAGGGGAAAACCAGAUUCGAAAGUUGGGGAAUUCUAUUGCUCACAGCACAGUGCAUCUAGAAGGAGGUCUGAAUGAGACUUGGAGAUUGCAAGGUAGAUGGAGGCAGUUUGUUUAUUCAAGUUGUGUAGUAAGUACUUCAGCAGCUGUGGUGGUUGAAGGAUAAGGCUGGAGUUACCUUUAGAGGAGGGGAGGGACAGUUUGGUCUCACAAUUCCAGGCUUUUGACCUCUCUAGAAUAGUUAAGUGUGAGCUCAGUUACAUAGGCAUCGAAGCAGGAGUUUUGGUAGGAGUGAGAGAAAAGUUAAUUUGUUUUGAAAGGAGAAUGAAGAUGCCAGUAGCUUUGAGAUCUAGAAAUGUCUGGUGUGGAGUAUAGAGUAUUAUAAUCCUGAAUAUGCUGCUCUUCAGCAUGGAGCACUUCCAAAAUGCAGGGUAAACUAAAAGGGGAAGAAGAUGGUUGGGAUAUCCAGGAUGGGGAGGGUCUGUCCUCCUAGACAGAUGGCUUGGGUGGAACCCUUCAUUGCCCUGUGAGGAAAAAUUUGAGGUGCACAGUGAGCAGCUGCAUACCAUCUGUGUGUUACACUGUUAUUUAAAUAAAAGAUUAAAAUAAUUCUUAAGUGA